GUUUCUUAAUUUGUUUCCUAAAAGAUUAGUCUGUAGGCAAGUAUGUCUGCAUAUAUGUAUGUAUGUAUAUGUUUAUCAAAACACGAUACUGUGUGGAAUCAGUGAAGGUGAAGAGUACUUUCAUCUGCAAAUAUGUCAAAUAAACAUAUAUUUCAAAAAUUUGGAUUUUUGCGUGCACCUUUUGGCAUUGGUGUUGGACGUUAUGUGUGUCAGUUACAAAGAAUAACUAUAAAAUUUUGUAAAAGUCACGGUGGUAGUCGUGGAAUAAGAAGUUUUUUGGAACAUGAUUUAAUUGAUUAUGCAAAACACAAUUCUGGAGUCGUAGUAUAUGUUAAACCAAGAAGGCACAGAAAUCCAGUUAUAAAAGCAGAAUAUUUGAAUGGAGAAACACAUUGGAUGUGUGUUGCCAAUUAUAGUAGGCAGGAUAUUAUACAAUGGAUGGAAUUAUUGAAGACUCAAUAUCAUAAUGGCCCAGAUUACAGAUUACUUAAAUUAUGGCAUACAGAUUUUCCUUCUAUUCAAGGACCUUGGACACCAUUCACUUUCAAAGAUCCAUCUUUGAAUCAAGUCAAAUUUCCAGAUAAAAAGAUUGGUGAAGCUAUUAAAUUGAAACCAACAGCGACAGAAGAAUUAAUUAGAUUAUUUGAAGAACAGCAAGAAGCUGAGAAGCUUAGCGAAGAAAUUCCAGUUCAAAAAAGUGUUAAUUAAAUGAUAGUUUCAGCCAUUUUUAGUUAUUGCAAAUUUUUAAUCAAAUAUACUGGACAUUAAAUCAAUAUUGCCAUAGCUUUUCAAAAUGACAUUUGGUUUGUUCAUAUUUAUAUGAUAGUACGAGAAAUCUAAUAAACAUAUUUGUUUAAUAUCCAAAUAGAAACCUUUAUGUACAUAUGUCAAAUGAUCAUGUAAAUCAUUUAAUCGUUGUAAGAUUAUGGCUAUUAUAAAAUAAAUAUAUAUAGCUUACAAAUAUA